AUGUCUUAUAAUGGUAUUGGUUUGAAAUCUGCCAAAGGUUCAUCUACAUCGGGACACAUACAAAAAUCAUUAGCAAGUAAUGAUGAAAGGAUAUCUCUAUUGAAUUACAAAGCAAGAAAGUUGCAGAAACAGAGGAAUACUGUUAAAGAAGACAAUGACAAUAAUCGUAUUAAAAAGAUAUCACAAUUGAAAACAACAAAGAAUGGAAAUUUCAUCAAGCAAAUUCACAAUUCUAUGGCCAAGCAUUUAUCUAAAAGAGAAAUUGAACUUAGAGUAUCUGAAUUAAGAGAUUGUUUAGAAGAUGGUAGAGAAAGCAAUAGCAAGAAGACGAAACUAACCGAUAGUGAAAUAGAUCAAAGAUGCAAUGCCUUAAGAGAGGAAUUGGUUAAGGAAAAACAGGAAAGAGUUCAAUUGUUGAAUAGAUAUAGAAGUAGAAAAAAUAGGCUCGAUCAACAGAUAGAUAAAGAUGGUGGAUUUAGGUAA